ACUCCAGCAUUGCUCCACUUCACCAGCAGGGUCAACUCCCCAACUUGGCAGCCGCCCGUAAUGGCGUCGCUGCCGGAAUUCGACCCGGCGGACGCGGCCGCCGGCCGUGGCCUCAUCGAGCGCCUCACCACCGACGCCGCGGCGCUCCAGCGGGACCUCCUCACGCAGAUCAUCACGCGGAACGCCCACACCGGGUACCUCCGUCGCUUCCUGGGCGGUCUGCCACCCGGCGCGUCCGCCGACGACCUCCGGGAGGCCUUCAAGAAGAGCGUCCCCGUAUCAGGGUACGAGGACGUCAAGCCGUACGUGGACCGCGUCGCCGCCGGGGAGCCGUCGGACAUCGUCUGCUCCGAGCGUAUCACCCACCUCCUCAGAAGCUCGGGCACAUCUGGGGGACAGCAGAAGCUCUUGCCGUCUACAGAGGAGGAGAUCGACCGGAAGGCCUUCUUCCAGGCUGUCCAGGCGCUAGUGAUAAACAUGCAUCUGCACGCUGAUAAGGAUAAAUGCGGCAAGGGGAUGUACCUCAUGUUUGCCUUUCCUGGAGAUCGGACCUUGUCAGGCUUGCCUGUCCUGAGUCUUACUGCAUACUACCACAGCAGCCAGUUCCAGGACCGUGACUUUAGCGAGUUCGACAGGUGCACAAGUCCCAUAGAGGCGAUUCUCUGCCCAGAUAGCAAGCAGAGCAUGUACUGCCAGUUGCUGUGCGGCCUGGUUCAACGCAGAGAUGUAGACCGUGUUGGUGGCACCUUUGCUAAUAGUUUUGUUAGAGGUAUCAAUUUUUUGGAAUGUAACUGGAAGGAGAUGUGCGAUAAUAUCCGCAGUGGGCAUCUCAGUGACUGGAUCACACACGAACCUUUGCGUGUUGCCAUCACUGAACGUUACCUGCAAGUACCUGACCCAGCACUAGCUGAUGAGAUUGUAUUGGAGUGCGCCAGGAAGCCUUGGGAUGGGAUAGUGAGGAGGCUCUGGCCAGGAGCACGAUAUAUCCGGACUGUUGUUACCGGCUCGAUGUCACAGUACAUUCCAAUUCUUGAGAGUUAUGGUGGUGGGACACCAUUUGUCUCGCCCUUGUAUGCAUGUACAGAGUGCGCCCCAGGUGUCAAUCUAAAGCCUCUUGAUCCACCUUCCUGUGUGUCAUAUGCAUUGCUUCCAAACAUUGCCUACUUUGAGUUUGCGGAGAUCACACAUGCUGAUGAGGAAAAGGUACAGAGAACUAAUGGUUUUGAUGAUAACUUGGUUGAGAUAAAGCUUGUGGAUCUUGUGGAUGUCAAAAUUGGCCGGCGCUAUGAGCUGAUUGUCACCACAUUUGCAGGUCUUUACAGAUACCGAGUUGGUGAUAUUUUUACGGUGAGUGGCUUCUACAAUGCAACACCACUGUUCCACUUCUCAGGACGGCAUGAUGUUUUGUUAAGCAUAGACUAUGAGAAGAUAAGUGAGGAGGACCUGCUCAAGGCCAUUUCACAAGCUGACGCGCUCCAUCUUAGGCCUCUUGGUUACAUGCUUGGUGGCAGCACAGCAUAUGCGGACAUAUCUGUGUUGCCUGGCCACUAUAUCCUGUUCUGGGAGCUGGUCAGUAGUGCAAGUCGCAACCAUAUGGCUAGUGAUAUCGAUCGAACUGCCAUGGAGAAUUGUUGUUCGACUGUGGAAGAAUGCUUUGAUGAAAUGUACCACAAAAGCAGACACCGCGGGUCAAUCAGGCCACUGGAGAUAAGGGUGCUGAAACAUGGUGCAUUUGAUGCUCUGAUGGACUUCUUUAUCUCCAGAGGCACAUCAGCCAGUCAGUACAAAACUCCAACUGCUAUUCGAUCGGUAGAAGCGCUGAUGGUGUUGGAGGAGAGGGUAGCAGGGAGGUUCUUUAGCCAGCAAAAUCCAAGCUGUCCUUUGUAUGAAUCCAGAGGAAUUGAUGCUACUGGGCUCGUCCGGACUUGAGAAUGUACUCAUCUGACGGUUCAUAUGGUAUCCCUUGUACGACAAACAUUGUACUACUUAAAGCAGCGCUGUAAGUUUAAAUCCAUGUUGAGAACACAAGAAAUAAGAAAAAGAAAUGUAAGUCUCAAUGUGAGAACUGUAGAUUUGUGAAAAAGAACAUGAACUGUAGAUAAUACAGAUUGGCUGUAAAUUUGGCAAAUUGUCACCGUCAACACUGGAUUGGUAAUUUUUCUUUUGGUCCU